AUGAUCUGUUCAACAAAGCGCAAAGUCCUGGAUGGACUAAACAAGAGAUACAUUUACGGUCGCGUGCCUUUAUUGCAUACGAUCAUUUUCCUCAUCGAGAUGGCAGUAGCAGCACGGCUUGCUGCCAAAUUCAACACCUACUAUGGCGAAAGGCCAGUGCUCACAACGAUGGUCACCAAUGCUGUGCUUGGUGGUGUCGCCGAUACCGUUGCGCAGUUGAUCACAGCCUUUAGGACCCGCAGACCUCAGAUGAGCGGAGAUGAUUUCCUUUCGAUAGAGAUUCAUGACUUGGACAAGCAGAAGCCCCCUGCUGUAGGGGAACUGGGAUAUACACGGAGCCCAGCAACAUCUUUCGAUUUUGAGCGUCUGACCCGAUUCAUGUCUUAUGGCUUCUUCAUGGCACCGCUGCAAUUCCAGUGGUUUGGCUUCUUGUCCAGGGCGUUCCCGCUCACCAAGCUGAAUCCGACUGCUCCCGCUUUCAAGCGUGUUGCCUUUGACCAGUUGAUAUUUGCACCAUUUGGUCUGGCGUGCUUCUUCACCUACAUGACGAUCGCGGAGGGUGGUGGAAGAAGGGCAUUGACGCACAAAUUCAGUGAUGUGUACCUCCCAACCCUCAAGGCCAACUUCGUGCUAUGGCCGGCAGUACAAAUUCUCAACUUCCGCGUCGUUCCCAUUCAGUUCCAGAUUCCUUUCGUAUCCACCGUUGGUAUCGCAUGGACCGCAUACCUGUCUCUGACAAACUCCGCCGAGGAAGCCUAA